AUGUGUCCCUCAGGCUGCCUGUCUCUGCUGCUGUAUUACCGCUUCCUUCACCCCAAGUCCACCGAGAUCUGGUCCGGCCGCCUGCACCCGCACAUGGGCAGCGCCUGCAUCCAACAGGGAGACUCCUCCUUCUCUCUGGGCGACAAGAGCCAGCACCAGCACCAGCACCAGCACCAGUACCAGGACCAGCAGCAGGACCAGCACCAGUACCAUGGCAGCCUAUCCGUCUCUCUCUUCCCCCACAGGGCCUCCCACUGCCCCUGCUCCCACCACCACUGGCUCCUGAUCCGACUCGCGCUCAAGACCGGAGACUUGGCCAAGAUCAACCGGGCCUACGGGGCGGGGGGCGCGGCCGCCAUCUUGGAUCUGGACGACUACAACGACUUCAAGAGCAACGACCACCUGACCAUCACGGCGGCGGCCACGUGCGAGGGCCUCAACACGCCCAUCUCUGCGUCCGAGGACAAAGGCGCGGCGCCGCUCUCCGACUGUAAAGACGAGUUCCAGAGCGUGAGCGAGCUGCUGUCGUCCACGGGCGGCGAGGACAGCAGCCUGGACAUGGAGACGCCCACCUCGGACAAACGCAGCUCUCCUGAAGGAAAGUCCGUGUUCGGGGACAGCCCUGAGCCGUACUUCUGCCCCACCGAGUCCAGCUCCACGCUGUACUUCAGCGCAGACCCGCAGUCCCCGUGCAGCGGCAGCAUGGAGCACCUGAGCUCCAUCCCCUCGGACCCCGCGCUGCACCGGGACGUGCGCUCCCUGAUGGUCCGGGGGGUGGGGCCGCGCUGCACCUCCACGCCGCGGCUGGACUGCGGCGCCGCGGUGGAGGCCGCGGUCAGCGUCCCGCACCUGUCCGGCCCCCGCAGGCAGCUCAUCAUGUCCCGCAGAGACCCCGACGACACCUUCUAG